AUGGUAAUUAGGCGCCUAAGUUCGCCACCGAUUCAAGAAGGUGUUAUUAGUACAAUUGAAAAUGAUAGAACAUCAACAUCAACUUCGAAUAAUCAAGAGCAACAUCAGAAAAAACAAAAGAAAGGUUGGAAAGGGACAUUGAGAAGAACAUUAUUUGGAAAAUCGAGUAAGAAGGGACGAACUAAAGAUGCGGAAGAUGCUAUUCUAGAAGAAGAUGGUGAUGAUACAGAAGAAUAUCAAGAUAAUUAUGAUACUGUGAAAUCAUUACCAGCAAGUGGACAUUAUGGAAAAUCACGAGUUGGAAAUACUUCACACGGAAAACUGCAGGAUUUAGCGAAUGAGAUGAAAAUCAGAAAUGGUGAAUCCCGGAAACCACCAGUCAUUAUAUUUCGAGUUCCGCGAAAUCACUCGAAUUCCCUCAAAGUUUCUCCGGGUGCAAUUGGAGUGAUAAAAGCGCCACUUAGUGAUCCGGUUUUUGAUUUUUAUACGUGGCAUACUGAUCAGAAUGGUUAGUUAAUGGGUUAUUAUUUGUUGGUUUUCAGGCAUCAUUGUUUCCAAGUUUUGAUUCGAUGACAAUUGGAAAUACAACAUCUACACAAAAUGAUAUUAACGCAAUUUUCUUUGGUUGGAUUGCGAAUUUUUUUCUCUCAAAUUUCUAAGCAUAAUUCUCUAUGUUUUCAGACAAUCACGAUGCUGUAUAUUCACUUUUCAUGAAAGCUCACAAAUGCUACGAUUUGAUCCCGACUUCGUCUAAAUUGGUGGUCUUUGACACUCAUUUACCGGUUCGAAAAGCAUUUUAUGCGUUGGUUUAUAAUGGAGUAAGAGCGGCGCCACUUUGGGAUUCGGAUAAACAACAAUUUACCGGAAUGUUGACGAUUACUGAUUUUAUCAAGAUUUUAUGCAGGUGUGUUUUUGGAACUGGGAGAAUUGAAGAAAAAAUAAAAUUUCAAUUUUUUAUUUAAAUUUUUGUCAUAAUUCCAAGUACUGUGGAUUAUAUUUCAAAGAUUUUGUGCAAAAAAGUUGAAAGUUUUUGAGAGCAUUAAAAAUUAUUCACCUCCUUACGGGAAAAAAUUCACGAAUUUUGUUUUUCAAAAAUUUUUCUGAAUACCUAAUUUUUCAGACAUUAUGAUCAAGGAGACGCAAAUUCGGAAAGAAUUCGAGCACUUGAAGAUCAACAAAUCAGUCAUUGGAGAGAACAAUUUGAACAAGACGGGUCACUUCGACAAUUUAUAUCAAUUGAUCCAAAUGAAAGUCUUCAUCGAGCUGUUGAGAUAUUGUGCGAAUCAAAAGUUCAUCGAUUGCCUGUUUUGGAUAAAAAGACUGGAAAUAUUACAUAUAUUUUGACACACAAACGAAUUAUCAAAUUUUUGUCGUUAUACGUGAGUUGAAUUCUGAAGUUUUAUUUAAAAAAAAAACAAGAAAAAUCAUUUCAGAUGCGAGAUUUGCCGCGACCAUCAUUUAUGAAUUGCACACCUCAUGAAUUGGGUAUUGGAUCAUGGGGAGAUGUUUUGUGCUGUAAUGUGAAUACUCCAAUUCACGAUGCUCUUGAAUUAUUCUUGAAAAAUCGAGUAUCUGCGUUACCUUUGAUUGAUGAAAAUGGACAAUGUGUAGAUAUUUAUGCAAAGUUUGAUGUUAUUAGUUUGGCAGCAGAAAAUUCUUAUGAUAAAUUGGAUUGUACAGUUCAAGAAGCGUUGAAACAUCGAUCAGAAUGGUUUGAAGGUGUUCAUACUUGUCUUGAAACUGAUUCACUUUUUAAUGUUUUGGAAGCUAUUGUGAAAGCUGAAGUUCAUAGAUUGAUUGUCACUGAUCAUGAGAAAAAGGUAAGAUUUCAUUAUGAGAAUCUCAAAUCUUAAAAAAUUUAUUAUUUCUAGGUGGUGGGUGUUGUUUCGCUUUCGGAUAUUUUGAAAUACCUCGUAUUGGAUCCUUGUCAACAACCUCCAACAGCUCAAUCAUCAACUUUAUCAGCUCGUAAUUCGUCUUCUGUCAUUUCAAAUAAUUCAGAUAGUCCACCUUCGAGUAUUCCAGAAGGAAUUGAAAUACCCGAAGAAGAACAACCUAGUUGUAGUAGUCAAAGUUAA